CAGGACUCGAACCCGGGACUUCUGAUUAGACGGACAUGUGCGUUCUAGUGCGUCCUCUUUUCAGUUUUCGAGAGAUUCUCGCGUGAUUUUGUGUUACUUCUCUUUACUGUCCGAUAGAAACUCAUCGCGAACGGGCGAAAGCUUCUAAGACUGAAAAUAUUGUGGCCGAGAGAGAACCGCCUGUCAAUCCGACGCAGCAACCAUUUGAUUUGGAAAUUGUAAAUCAAUUCUCACAUUCCAAUGGCUGGCAAAACCAAAGCAGUUUGUGUGUUGAAUGGAGAGAAAGUCAAAGGAACUAUUUUCUUCACCCAAGAUGAAUCCAGUGGUCCUGUCUCUGUCACUGGAGAAGUUCAAGGAUUAGCUCCAGGGCAACACGGAUUUCAUGUCCAUGAAUUUGGGGACAACACUAAUGGAUGCACAAGUGCCGGUCCUCACUUCAAUCCUGGGAAAAAAGACCAUGGAGGUCCUGACGAUGAAGUUCGGCACGCUGGAGACUUGGGAAAUGUGAUUGCUGACUCUGAUGGUGUGGCUAAAGUCAAUAUUACCGACAAACAGAUUUCACUGAAUGGCCCUCUGAAUAUCAUCGGUCGUACUUUAGUGGUCCAUGAAGAUCCUGAUGAUCUUGGCAAAGGUGGCCAUGAAUUGAGCAAAACAACUGGAAAUGCCGGAGCAAGACUUUCCUGCGGUGUGAUUGGAAUCACCAAGUAUUGAGAAUCAAAGAAGUCUAUGAAGCAAUUAAAGUUUCAUCCUGUCAUUCCGAAAUUGUGACCGCUCUCCUAUGGCCACACUCGCUUCUUAGAAUUCUUCUCGCUUGAACUGACCCAAUCCUUUUCAGUUGAGAUUUUUGUGCACAAUUUUAGAGGUUGAUUUAGCCUAAGAAUUGUGUCUUUUCAGUUAAGUAUUCUAUGUUAUUAUGCCUGUACCUUUGUACCUUAUCUUACUUAUACAAAUGAUUAAUCACGUUCCAUGUUAGGUAUUUUUGUUGUUAAUAAAUUGAACGAUUAAUGUUUAAAA